UGUCACACAGACUUGUUGGUGUUUCGAAAAACGGUGACGUCACGAAAAUUUUAAAUACGAACGCGUUCGGCUCGCAAGUUUCAGUGCGUGGUGCGAUCUAGUGAAGUGACUACGUGGUGCUUAUAGUCGAUAAAAAUGAAGCCACUACAGGCAGUGGUGGCCAUCUGCCUGGUACUCGCCAUAGGCGCUCGCUCCGAAACCCUCGAGAACACCAAGGAGUCUACCAAAGACGUCAUAUCAGAAUCUGAACAAAGCGAACCUCAAGCAAGAGCCGAACGCUGCACAACUUGCUCAGGAGGCGUCAAGCUAAGCUUCAAAUCUCCCAACGAUGUGCUUGCAGCGAUCCAAGCGCUGCCCGGAGGAGAAGUCCACACUCAGCAGUCUUUCGAAGGCUGCUCAAGCGACAAGGGCUGCGCUGGACUAAAAGUGAAAGACGGACGCGUCGUCGAAAAAUUCGGAAACGUAGACGCGUUCCAAGCAGCUGCAGCCGCUGAUACUGGCAACGAAUUCCAGUUCCAUGCUGGCGGUGGUUUGGGAAAUGUCUUUGAAGGUGGCAUCCCUGAUGGAGGUCCAUUCUGGUGGAUGAACCAGAACUCGCCAUUCAAAAACGGCGCCGCUGGUGGAAACUUCGAGAAAUUCAGCAAAUCGUCCAGCUCUUUCACUAGCAGCGGAACAGCAGGCGCUGGUGGUGUUGAUAUCGCUGCGAAUCCAUUCCUGAACGGUGAUUUCUCGAAAUUGGCAGGAGGAUUCGGUGCUGGUGCCGAAUCUAAGCCCGGAUUCUCGUCUUCUUCAUUCGAAUCGUCGUCUUUCAGUUCUUCAAGCAAAGGGGACGUUGAUAUCUCGAAGAACCCCUUCCUGAAUGGAGGCGUUAAGUUCGGACAGAACGGUUUCGCCGCGCAAGGCGGAUUUGGAGCUGGAAGCGCGCAGUUUGGCGCUGGAGCGGCCGGUGCUGGUCAAUCAGGCGCAGGACAAGCCGCUAGUCAAUUUGGAGCAAGCCAGAGCGCUUUCUCCGCAUCUAACAACGCAUUCGGAGCUCAGGGCAGCCAAGGAGCUGGAGCUGGAAACAGCGGGCUCACAUCAGGAUCAGCUCAAGGUGGUGCCUUCGGCGGCGGCUUCUCAGGCUCUGCCUUCAAUGCUGCUUCCAACAAAUUCGGUGCUUCAGGAUAUACCGGAUCUUCUCCCAGCCCAUUCACGGCUUCAACCGGUUCCAACGUGAAUCUGAUCCAAAGCUCCCAAAAGGGCAGCGAAUUCGACUUCGAACAGCAGCAGCAAACCCAACAGAACAUCGAUGAGGCUUUCCAGUCGACUGGAAAUGUGCAUGCCCAUGAGCAUUCUGGUGGAGACUUGCAGCAGACCUGUGCUGGACAAGGCUACGUGUGCGUCCACAAGGCUCAGUGCAACAACGGUGUAGUGAACACGAACGGAGCUGGCGUUAUUCAGGCGAGAACCCAGAAACAAUAUUGUAACACGAGAACCGAAAUCUGCUGCAGGAUCGAAGUCUCCUCAGUUGGAGCUGGAAGCGUUCAAGGAUCCUCAAGCUUUGGAGCCCAAGGAAGUCAAUCAGCGUUCGGCGCGACCAAUAACAGAGGAACAAGCAAAUUUGGUGUGUCCGGAUCAGUCGGAACUGGACUCGCUCCCCCUGCUAACAAAAUCAACAACGUAUAUAAAUCCACUAGCCAGUCCAACUUCGUCGAGACGGAUUCCUUCUCCGCUGGCAGUGAAGUCGCUGGUGUUUUCAGACCUGGCGCAGGCCCUGGUCUGAAGCCUGGAAUUCCUUACCUACCUCCAGUAGACACUGUGACCCAACCUUCCUUCAUCAGCUCUACUUCUGUGCCGUUUACCACCACCCCUAAACCUUUUGUUCCGGUCCGCCCUCCAGUGACUCCCCCUAGGCCCUACCUUCCUCCUGUCACUGUAACUACCUCCACGUCUGCUCCAGGAUAUCUGCCUCCAGAUGUAGUACCUGGUGAAUCUAAAGAUCCACCACCGUAUUACGUCACAGGAUCGCUUUUAAAGGAACCAUUCUUAACCACGCCGUCGCCCGCCAUCCCAGACACCCCUUCAGGCUGCGCUGCGGCUCUGAAGUGUACCCCCAUUGAGUUCUGUACAGCUGAGGGAGUCAUCUCCACCACCGCUGUUGUUCUGACCAGAGAUCAGGAGGCGUACAGAGUGCCUUUGACGGACUGCAAAGACGUUGGAACCGGUACGAUCGGCAAGUGCUGCAGAGACCCGCUCUACACUGAUCCCUGGCCAACCAACCAGCUCGGCAAAUGGGUGCCCGGCGUAUUCGGAGGGAACGACGGGAAAUAUGUGCCCGACAGCAACCCUCAAUCAAACAAUCCUCGCGGGCAGGUCACUGGACGACCACCAGUCACUGGUUCAGUGAUCCGAAACGAGUACAAGCCCUCAACUCCUGGUCCCUAUGGUCCCAACCAAGUGACCCCUGGAUUCCCCUCAAGCACCGUAUCGUCCUUCAAAGGACAGGGCUCAGUUACAUCAUUCGGGCAAGGACAGUACAGCCAAGGCGGUGUAGGACAGUACAGCAAAGGAGGUCAAGGUCAAUACACUGUGGGAGGCCAAGGUCAAUACACUGUGGGAGGCCAAGGUCAAGUCACGCAAGGCGGCAAGACUCAGUUCGUCCAGAGAGAACAGACUCAGUUCGGCCAAGGCGGACAAGGUCAAGUUGGAAUUGGAGGACAAGGUCAAGUCGGAAUUGGAGGACAAGGUCAAUUCGGGAUUGGACAACAAGGACAGAUUGGAAUCCAACAAGGUGGUGGCCAGACGCAGACUGCACAAGGAACUCAAUUCAGCACUAACACACAAUCGUUUGGCCAAAAAGGUCAAGGUCAAGUCGUGAGGCAAGGUCAAGGGUCAUACGUUGAGCAGGGACAAGGAGGUUUCGGAGUGGGAGGAAGAGGACAAUACACCGUGGGAGGACAGGGUCAACUGGAAAUUGGAGGAGGCGGUGCCCAAGGUCAGUUCACCCAAGUCCAAGGAGAAACCCAGAAGACUUUCAACCAAGGAUCAGGAUUCGGUAUCGGUAUCGGCCAAGGACAGACUGGUUUCGGCAUCUCCACCGGUUUCGGCCAAGGCGUCAUUCAGGGUCAAGGCCAAGGAGUCCGCCAAGGUUUUGGCUCAGCCAUCCAGCAAGGUUUCGGCCAAGCGAUCGUCCAAGGGGAAGGGGAAACGAGCGCAUCCGAAGGAGUGUACCGAGUCUUCUUGGGACGAUACAGCGGCGGCAACGGACAGUGCGGACUUCUGAACGGUCAGAAGCCUUACGGAAACCGCAACGACCUGGAAGUAGACUUCGCCGAAAUCCCAUGGCAAGCGAUGGUUCUUCUCCAGACGAACAGGAGCCUCCUCUGCGGUGGAGUCAUCACCAGACCUGAUGUAGUGGUUACUUCGGCUUCCUGUGUUGAUGGGCUCGACGCCAAGAACGUUCUGAUCAAGGGAGGAGAAUGGAAACUUGGCGUGGACGACGAGCCACUGCCAUUCCAGAUCGUCCAGGUCAAAACCAUCGUCAAGCACCCGUACUACAAGAUCGGCAGCCUGAAGAACGACGCCGCCAUCUUGGUUCUCUCUGAGAACUUACGACUGGCCAAGAACAUCCAGCCCAUUUGCCUGCCCGAGUCGGGAGAGACUCUGGACGCUUUUUACAACGGAGCUGGAGAGUGCAUCGUGACUGGUUGGGGCAAGCAGGUCCUGCAAGCCCACUUAGCUGGCAGCAUCAUGCACAGCCUCAACGUGUCGCUUCUCAACCCCGGAGAAUGCCAGGCCAAGCUGUCGUCCGACUACCCUCACCUACUGGAACAGUAUGACCAGGACAGCUGCGCGUGCGGACAGCCGCUGAACCCUGUCAACAAUAUCUGCAAGGUUGACAUCGGAAGUGCGUUGGCUUGCACCACGGACAACUCGCACUACGUACUGAGAGGAUUGUACUCAUGGGACUCAGGCUGUCAGACCGGCAACCAAAUCGCUGCAUUCUACAAAUUCGACCUCGAAUGGUACGAAUGGGCGAUCGGCCUGAUCGAGAGCACCCGCUUCGCGAAAUUCGCCAUCGGCUCUAAAGUAACCCAGAACCGCUUCUCCAGUCAAAUCAAGGGCAGCAGCAGCCAGUUCGGAGGCAGCAGCCAAUACAACAGCGGUGUUAAGGGAGUCACAUCAAGCGGGAUCAAGGGUGGCGUUAAAGGGGCCGGUUUCCAGGAACAAACUGGUGGAUUGAUCGCUGGAGCAUUCCAAGGAUCGUCAGCCACCGCCUCAGCGACCACCGGCUCAUCAGGAACAGGUUUCGGAUCUGGAAUAUCCGGAUCAGGAUUCGGCAACGGAGCCGGUUUCGGAUCCGGCGCAGGCUUCGAAGGCUCAGCCAUUAAAGGCGGAUUCGGCACAGGCCAGUUCGGCUUCAGCCAGUUCGGCUCCAGCUCGAAAUUCACUGAAGGAAGCGCCAACGGUGGUUUAGUGCAAUCGGAAAUUAAGGGACCUAUCUCUAACAGCUUCAGCGCCACUUAUUCCGAGAAGAAGGUCUUCCAGACCGAGCCUAAAAUCAUCACCUACACAACGAAGCCCGAAAUCGUGACUUUCACUACCAAGCCCGAAAUCGUCACCUUCACGACUAAACCUGAAUACUUCACGUUUACAACUAAGCCCAAAAUUGUGACUUACACCACUAAGCCCCAGAUUAUCACAUAUGAAACCUCUGGCAGUGGAACCAACCCUCAAUAUGUCGCUCCAGGAGUGACGUUCAACCCUUCCUUCGGUGAGGCAGCCGGUCUUCACAAACACAAUGCUCAAUGUAAGUGCCUUGAAAAGGGCAAGAAAUGAGAAGGUGAUAAUCUAAAUUUUAAAUUGGUAACAAGAUUUCGGAGUGAUAAGUGCCAUAAAUAAAUCUAUCCCCAAUUUGUUCACAGUACAAACCUAUAUGAGUUCCUAUCGAGUUACCAUAUACUUACUGUACGGUGCUAUCACUAAAAAGUCGAACGAAAAACCCGAGUCAAAAUUAUUUUAUUUAUACGAUAAUAAAAUAAAAUUUUCUGUAAAUAGGUAGGCUAUAUGAUUAUCCAACGAAUCUAGUUCUCUUAUUGUAUUAUUAAUUAUAAUAAAAGUAUUGCAUUAUGUAUUAUUAUGUAUUUUUUGUAUCUAAAAACUGCCAUUUUUGUUGUAUUCGAUUUUUACUUAUGCUUUUUACGCGAUAUUGUAUUAUUAUUAGAUAAGUCAAGUAUUUUUCCCUCUCAGUAACACCCACUGAAAAUGUAGGCCCUAUUGAAUCAAAUGCUAACAGGUUUUGAUCAAACUAAAAUAUGAAUCUAGUGUUUUAAAGAGAUCACUAAGUUAUACUUCAUUAAAACGAUCUUCUUUGACCACAAAAGUUUCAUAAAUUGAUUCAGAAGGCAAGAGGCCUGAGUAUUUUUAGUUAUUAUUAUUUUCAGAAUGUUAAUAAGUAAAAUUUUUAAUCAUAAAUUAGGUUUUUGACCGUAUUGGUUUAAACUACCAAUGUGGUUGACCAUCUAAUAGAUCGGCUGUAGCAAUAAUUACUUUAAGUUCUUUUAUAUUAAACAAAUUCAAUAUAUUGUAUUGUAUACACUUGAUUGUUACAUUUAGUAAUAAAGUAACUGAAAUAAAAUGGAGGUAUUUUACAUAAUAUAAA